GUGGACCCUCGUGCGUCUUGACUGCCCCAUGUACACCCCGCGGCUCGUGCUGCUGCAGGUGUUCUUUCUGAUGGUACCCCAGGGCACCUGGCUUCAGCCCUCUCUCACCCCUUCAUGGGAAGUGCCCACCUCUUUAGUCCUGGAGCCAGUGACGCAGGACGGGACUAGCCAGUCCCCCGUGGAGAAUGCAACUCCACGGGACGUGCCUGGGAUCUCUACGGUGGGCCCCACUCUUGUGACCCCCUCAGCGCCCGGGAAUAAGACCAUGAACCUCUUCCCAGUCUUACCGAUCUGUAUCUGUGACUUGACUCCUGGUGCCUGCGAUAUAAAUUGCUGCUGUGACAGGGACUGCUAUCUUCUCCAUCCGAGGACAGUUUUCUCUUUCUGCUUUCCUGGCAGCGUAAGGUCUUCAAGCUGGGUGUGUGUAGACAAUUCUCUCAUCUUCAGGAGUAAUUCUCCAUUUCCUUCAAGAGUUUUUGUGGAUUCAAAUGGAAUUAAGCGGUUUUGUGUCCAUGUGAACAACUCAAAAUUGAACUAUUUCCAGAAGCUCCAAAAGGUCAAUACAACCAACUUCCAGGCCCUGGCUGCAGAGUUUGGAGGUGAAUUGUUUAAUUCAGCAUUGCAAACUGAGCCACCACUACCAUUUUAUAGGGCUGGGGAUCCCAUUCUGACUUACUUCCCCAAGUGGUCUGUAAUAAGCUUACUGAGGCAGCCUGCAGGAGUGGGAGCUGGGGGACUCUGUGCUGAGAGCAAUCCUGCAGGUUUCCUAGAGAGUAAAAGUACAACCUGCACUCGUUUCUUCAGAGACCUGGCCAGUAGCUGUACCUCAGAUCCAGCCAUGGAUGCUACAUCCUACUAUAACUUCACAGUCUUGAAGGUUCCUAGAGGUAUAACUGAUCUUCAGAAUAUUCAGUUCCAGGUUCCUGUAACACUUGCUUCACAGGCCAGUCCUCCUUUUUUGGCUGAAAACACCUGUCAGAAUAUCGUUUCCCAGGUCAUCUAUGAGAUAGAGACCAAUGGGACCUUUGGAAUCCAGAGAGUCUCUGUCAGUUUUGGACAAACUAACCUGACUGUUCAGCCAGGUGUUUCCUUACAGCAAGACUUCACCAUUCACUUUAGGGCCUUUCAACAGAGCAUAGCUGCUUCUCCUACUGGUCCUAGAAGUGGGAAUCCUGGUUACAUUGUUGGGAAGCCACUCUUGGUUCUAACUGGCACUAUACGUCACUCAAUGAGCCUCUUGCAGAGCCAGGGUAAUGGAAUUUGCUCUGUUAACAGACAUGAAGUACAGUUUGGAGUGAAUGCAGUGUCCGGAUGCAAGUUCAGGCUGAAGGAGGAGGACUGCCACCACAUGCAACAGGAGAUUUGUCAGACUCUUCAUGGAAGUCCCAGGCCAGAGUACAUUGCCAUCUUUGGCAAUGCUGACCCCUCCCAGAAAGGAGAGUGGACCAGAAUCCUCAGCAGGAACUGCAGUGUGUCAGCUGAGAACUGUACUUCCUGCUGUCUCAUCCCAGUGUCCCUGGAGAUCCAGGUGUUGUGGGCAUAUGUAGGCCUUCAGUCUAACCCACAAGCUCAUGUGUCAGGAGCUCGAUUCCUGUACCAGCACAAGUCCAUACAGGAUUCCCAAAAUGGAGCAGAAGUCUCUUUGACAACUCUUGUGAACUUUGUGGACAUUACCCAGAAGCCAGAGCCUCCAAGGGGCCAACCCAGAAUGGACUGGAAAUUGCCAUUUGACUUCUUCUUUCCCUUCAAAGUGGCAUUCAGCAGUGGGAUAGACUCUCAAAAAGGCUCAGCCUCUGCCAUCUGUAUCCUGUGCCUCUUACUACUCGGAGUUUUCAACUUACACACUAAGUGAAGAAAGAGGGUAAUUACAUUUCAGUUUUCCCUAUGGGAAGCUCUAAGGCAGCUUACUUGACUAAAUAGAUAUUUACCUGCUCAUGACUGGGGAAGAACAGUUAAGAAAACAGAACCUAACCAAAGGAAUUUUAGUACAGGAAAGAAGCUGUUUUAGAAAAACAAUAAAUAUAUCUGCAGGCUACCAGGUACAUAUCCUCUGCUUCUCAAGCUGGGGAAGCUAGGCUUAUCUCCAGCCCUUCUGGCUACAUUUUGCUUGACUAAAGGUUUUCAAGAUCCUUAUCCAUCUUCUCCAGGCACAGUUGGGCCCAGCAGAAAGAGAAACUGCCUGUUGUCACCCAGAAUGAACUCAGAAUGGCUGCCCUCUGGACUUAGGAUGACUAUUUAGGCCAGGAAACUGCUGGCUCUACAGUUGUCUGACUCCUUUGCCAAGGUCUGGCCACACCCUUUGCCCAGACAAGAGCAGGGAUAGUAAUUCUUUCUGCUCAGUUUCCAAAAUGAACGUGGAAUCCCAGAUUCACUUAAUACCAGCAAAUGACCAUUUCUGUUCCUUCCUUCCCUUCAUCAUGGUGAGGAGAAGUAAAACUGUUUAAGAGCACUGUUGUACUAAGUCCAGCAACAUGGCAGAAGUUAACUGUCCUGUGAUGUACCUUAUGAUUAUUUGUUCUAUGUGUAUAAGAUUUUAAAAAAGCCAGGCACAUAGCUCAUGUCUGUAAUCAUAGCUACUCAAGAGGUAGAGAUCAGGAAGAUAGUAGUUCCAGGCCAGCCUGAACAAAAAGUUUACAAGACCUCAUCUCAACCAAUAAGAAUCUGGGUUUGGUGGCACCUAUGCACGAAGCGUAAAUAUCAUGAUUUAGGCUGGCCCAGGCAUAAA